AUGGAUCACAUGCCAGUUGGUCCCGGGGGAUCCCAGGCGCCUGUAUCAUCAACUUCAUCAGUGGUACAGCCUGUUAGCGCUAGGCGGCGGCAUCGGUCCGCCAGCACCUCCGACCCUACAUCGAACGACGGUAUUGGUGCCUCAGAGUCACAGCCAGCCAAGAAGAACACCCGAGGGCCGUGUUGGUAG